AUGGUUUACGGUCACAAGAGUGCAAUCAGGGGCGGGGCUGUGCCCUACCCCGAGAUGUCAGCGCGCGAGACUGACCAUGGCCAAGCAAGUGACGAUGACGACCCAAAACUGAUGAUGGAGAAGAAUCAGUUUCGGAAGAAUGUACAACACGUCCUUUUGGACAAGACCACGACGGCUAAUCAGAAGGUCGAAACCAUGACCGGCUAUCUGACGGACCAGCAGAAGGCCAAGAUGAAGGCCGAGGCACAACUUGAUGACGCGCAAUUGCAGAACGAUCGACUGAAAAGGGAAUCGGAAAGCCUCGCGGAAUCCUUUGACGCGGCAUGCGCCGAAUUACAGAACGGUGAGGAGAAAAUCAAGCAACUAGAAGAGAAGAUAGAAGCCAUAAAGCGAAGCCAGCAGCCCGUGGCUACGGGCACGGUUGUGACUAAUGACGAUGAGUCCCAAAGACGCGAAGAGCUGGAACAAAUGCUGAAUGACAGACUCCAAGAACGGAAUGCUAAGAUUGCCCAACUUGAGCAAUCAUUAGUCGAAACUAAUAGCAGACUUAAGGAAUAUCAUGCGUACCUCCAAAAGGUCACCACUGACGCGAACCGCUUUGCUGCAGCAUAUGAUAGCCGGGCUAGUGGUCUGGCGAUGGAUAAUAUGAAGCUUCGAGAGCAACUGGAAAGAAUGGUGAAUCUGGUGACAACUCUUCGUGCUGCUGAUAUUGGCAGGUGGAAUCAAAUGCAACACCCCGCGAAUAUCGGACCCGAUGCUCUUUUACAGCAGCAACAAGAAUGGCAGCGGCAACAGAGGCAACCGGCCCGUGUUUCCAGAUUGACAUAUGGAACUGUGGAUAGCAGCAUGAGCGACGCAUCCGACCCCGACACGAAAAUGACUACUAUUCCUGAGAGAUAUAACCCCCCGGUCCUGACUCGGAUGCGACGGCGACUGGCCCGCGUGAAACCAAGAGCUAGACGAGCUGGAUCCCCAGUGCCGCGGGCGGCACGGCCAGCAGAAUGCAGGAAAGGGUACGCAGAGCGUCGAGCCGCGAGCACAUACCUCCAGUACCGAGACGGACCAGGUAAGGAUGAUAUUGAUGUUCUCAAGCCCCUGGGCCGGAACAAUGUAGGCGCAAAACAGCUCCCACGCAAACGCACGCGCCUGGAGAAGGGAGUCGAAAUGGUCAGAAGAAUGGAGGCGGUUUCCCAAGUGCGCAAGCUGCCUCGUAUACCAAGGAGCCUCAGGCCUCCUCGCAUGGUGCCCAAUGUUUACACGAAGAGAGACGACGCGGAAAUGUCAAAACUCAUGGGCUCGUUUUCUAUGUCAGACCCGGUAGUCGAGUCGACCGCGGUCCAGACGGAUUCUGACAUUGCAUCAGCAAAGCUGGAGAUCACUGUACAGUAUGCGGAUCCUUUCCUGCUCCGCUCACAUCCUAUUCCCCGCAGAAAUCACAAUUCGACUCCUUACUAUCUCAACCGGAAACCCAAGCCACUCUCCGGAAACGAGAGGGACAAGAGAGUAACUCGCGCUUCAGACUGGAAUCUGGGACCCGACCCAAAGGAGAGAUGCCGAAAAGAAGACAAGAAGGGGAAACCCCAGCAGGUGGUGAGGUACACAGCUGAACCAACUGUCAUCCCAGAUGGAGACAAGCCGAUAGGAUACGACUGGCCCCUUGAAAGCGGCGACAAAGCGUCGGAGUGGUCGUUCAACUGGAGCCAAGUGUUAAUUGUCAUCCUUCUCUUGCUAUUAUUUUUCAGCAACAUGGCGAGACCAGAGGACCCGAUAGUAAUCUGGAAGGAAGUGAAUAAGAACCCCCAAAACAUUGUCGCCAAACUACGCACUCCAGUGCGAAGUGAUUCCAGAACAGCACCGACCAUAGUUGAUUUUGAAGUUGCGAGAUGGAGUGAUAUCGACCCGAGUAUAUUGGGAUAA